UCCGCGCAAAAUUCACCUGCCGUCUGCAGGGCAAAUCUUGGCGUAAGAAUAGCCUUGGCGCUCCCUAAUUUUUCUGAUGCCGCCAACGCCACUGACUUCUAGGGUUAUCGUAAUGGAACAUCGGCUGCUAAGAUUGAAUGGCUCUUUUGCAAAACAAAAAUGUUCAUUAGAUUAAACUAAAUUCAGAUAAAAUGUUAAGACAAAAGAGUACUUUAAACGAACAUACCAUCGUUAAUGCAGACAGGAAGGUUUUUUCUUGCAGUGUUUGUGCUAAAACGUUUCAAAGUGAAACUCUUUUAAAUCAACAUUCUCAUCUGCAUAGCGAAACAAAUCCUUUUUCAUGCAACAUGUGUGGUAAAACAUAUGCGGAUAAAUCUAAAUUAUUUCGACAUUAUCGUGUUCAUUCUGGAAGGAAGACUUAUUCGUGUAGCGUGUGUAAUAAAAUAUUUACUGAAAAGGGAAGUUUAAAUCGACAUUCUCGUGUUCAUACUGGUGAAAAGCCUUAUUCAUGCAAUGUGUGCAAUCGAAGUUUCACUCAAAAAAUGAAUUUAACUCAACACACUUAUCUUCAUACCGGUGAGAGACCUUAUGCCUGUGAUAUGUGUGAUAAAACAUUUUCAUUGAAAUCUAGUCUAACCCGCCACUCGGCCUUGCAUUCCGAUGUAAAACCAUAUUCGUGUAAUGAAUGUGGGAAAAAAUUCUCUUUUCAACAUGGUUUGAUUCGACAUUCCUAUAUUCAUAGUGGAAAGAAGAUGUGUUCGUGCAGCGUGUGCGGUAAAAAAUUUGUUGAUAAAAAUAGUCUGAGUACGCAUGUUCGUAUUCAUACUGGUGAAAAGUUUUCUUGCAGUGUAUGUGGUAAAUCAUUCACAUUUAAAGGCAAUUUAGUGCAACAUUUUCGUAUUCAUACUGGAGAGAAACCUUAUUUAUGCAGUGUGUGUGGUAAAACAUUCAAAUUUCAAAGUUCUUUAAAUAACCAUCACAUUGUUCAUACUGGAGAGAAACCUUAUUCAUGCAGCGUGUGCGGUAAAACAUUCAAAUUUCAAAGUUCUUUUAAUCACCAUCACACUGUUCAUACCGGAGAGAAACCUUAUUCAUGUAAUAUAUGUCAUAAAACAUUUCCAAGAACAUGCAAUUUAAUUCAACAUUCCCGUAUUCAUACUAGAGUGCAUCAUGUGCAAACAUAAUAAGACAUUUAUAUCUAUAUAGUUAGUAUCAAGGUUUGUGAUUUUUUUUUUUUUAAACAUCAAAUGAAUCUGAUUUAUUUGAUUAUCAUGUUA